CCGCCUACGGCGAGCGACGAGCGGCACAUCGAGCCGGCGCCGGGGAAAGGCGAAGCGCGACCCUGCCCUGCCAUGGAGAGUCGGGGGCUGGGCAAACUCAUAUGAUAUUGGAUCUCCUGCGAGUGAACCACCGAGUUUCAAAGUCAAGAUGUCCGAGCUUGACUCUGCACAGGCUGGCAGUGAAACACCCGGGGCUCAGUCUUCAGCAACUGCAGACAAGCCAACAGACACUACGUGUGAAAUAUCAGAGCAGCCAAGGGUGUACGAAGACCCCUUUGAAGUCUCCGUUAAGUACAUGGAGAAACACAAUAUUCUGCAGAUAUUUCGGGACAUCACAGAAAAACUGGUGUACCACAAGCCCGAUGACCCCUUGCAGUUCAUAUUGCAGCAGGUGCAGUCUAUGAUAGAUGCCAGGCAGGCAGAAAUGGAGGGAAGAUUGGAGGAGAAUGAAGAUGCAGAGGAGUUUAUGGAAGAGAUCUUGUACCCUCCUUUUGGCUCCUACUGACUUUGCUAUUGUGGUAUUGCAUGGGGCCGCAACAGCACUAUGCUUUUCUAGUCACUGAUUGUAACUUGGAAUACGUCUGCUUGUACCUCUGUUUCCUGAUUUUUCUAUUCUGUAUGUUUGUUCUUCCCCUUGGGUUUAAAUUCCGCAACCAAGUAUUGAUUUUGAUGCAAAAAACUCAAAUCUUAAAGUGUGCAUGGACCUGCAUGCACAUAUGCACACCUUGAAGAAGCGGGUCUGCUGAACUCCUGUUUGUGCAUACAAAUGCAUAAAUCCCACAGUUAGGCUACCCCUAGACUCUGCUUUUCCAUGCAGAGAAACCUCACAGCUCAGACAAUGCAAGCACAAAACCAAGUAGAAUUAAAAAGCAGCCCUGGAUGACCCACAGUCCUCUGUUUUUUCAUGCUGCAUCAGUGGCUUACUGUUUCCAGCUAUGCAGCAGUGCCUAUACCCAUUUAAUACUUUGAGAGGUUGGGUCUGUGGCUUUCCCACUGCCCCCAGAGCUGUUCUGAUGCAAGAACUGUCUCUCUGCUAUUGCGGGUUGCCCUGCUUGUAUUAUUGCAAGUACAGUGUAUAUUUUGAUAAGCAGAACAGUAAAAUAAUAGUUGAACCCACCCUCUGUGACUUCAGAAGACAUUGUCACUUAGGAAUGUGGGAGGUGAACAAAACUAAACAAACCAAAACCAACCACUGGUAGCCCAGGAAAUUCAGAGUCAAGGUACACUUUGCAAACACGCCAUUUGAACUGCUUUUGAUUCUCAAAACACUUAUAAUCCUCAUUUCAUAUUAUCCAAGUGUCUGUUUCCACCCUGUCUUUCAUUUUCUUGUCUUGUGCCUGAAGAUUACUGAAAAUGUGCAACAGAGCAUGCUGUUAUUUUGACUUCAUUUAAUGUGUAUGUGCAGUAGAUGCCAGAAAGUUUUUUGUCACAACAGACUUUUCUCUUUUUUAGGCAAGUGCUCUAAUUUCAUGAUAGAUGGUAAUGUAUUCCCAAAUGACUGUCUCUGUGGCUAUGAAGAGAGCACCAUAGAAACUUAUCUUCCAUCUAUCUAUUUUCAUCUAAAAGUCUGAUGAUUAGGUUGUGUGAUACUCCACUGCAGAGCUCAGGCCCAAAAAGUUUGGGAAUAACGGAGGGAGGUAUUUGGCACACAAAUUCUGUGGCUGAGAAGAGUUGCCUUUCUAUCUAAGGUUCUCAAAAGAGAUCAGUUAACUCAUGUGUUUCCAGGUUAAAGGUAGGUCAGCGCCCUUGUCAUUCAUAGGGCAGGAAGACUUUCAAGUUUAUUUUAAGCCUAAAUAUGGCUAAAGAUUCAGAUAAAAUCUUCAUGGGUUUUAUAAGAGUUUUGAUGUAGACGUAGGCAUCUAGGUCCCACUGAAGAAGUGAGAUGCUUUUGAAAGUCCUACUUAUCUGCAGCAACUGGAAGAAUUGGACACUUAAUGAAACAGAAAGCCUGAUUGGCUUUCAGCCUGAUAUAUUUUUGAUCAAGAAUUUAUAAGCAGCCUUGUGCCUAGGUGCCUUGUGAAUGUACGAGAAGUGCCAAUGCAGCUCUGUGAAACAGGAAAUGCAUGGAAUAUGAAGAUAGUGGCUGAAGCCUUUUCAUCUCUUUCAUCACUUGUUAGCAUGUUUUCCCAAGAGACAGAGAAAUUGGCAUUUUGUUGUAGAACAGGAUUAGGGUGCUUUUGAGUAUAGCCUUAGCUGUAAAUUUCCUGCUUCUGUCAUUUGUUUUUUGUAUUUUGUUGUUCUCUUUUACUUACAAAAAACUUCUGACUUGUAACACUUGAGGUGUAUGCCCUCAACUUCGUGUCAGCAUUAAGGAAGUUACGCAAGGACAGAUCCUUAAUUUCUCUGUCAGGUAAAUUGAAGUGAGCUGGAAAGUAGACCUCUUACAGAUGACAGAAGUUUUGCAAGACAGGCCCUACCCAGUGUUCCUCAGCAAUCUCAGGACCAAAUUUUUCCUUUGGUGGCCUGGCCACCUUAUUUCACGCUAAGAAAGUUGCUGUGUGGUAGCAAGAAGUCUUCCCCAAUGGACAUAAGAGAGAGCACAGCUGUCUCUCCUGUUUCUCAGGACCGAGGUCCCUCUCCUUUGAGGAGCAGCAGUUGUAUAAUAAUGAAUGAGGCUGUACUCAGUGUGGGCCUGGAGCUGGCAUGUGUAAAUGGCAAGAGACCAUGGAGGGCAGUAGGCCAAGGACAAUCCUUCAACUUCCACAGGCUUAGGGGGGAGUUGAUGAGCUCUGAACAAGGACUUUGACCAGAAAUCUUGGGGAACUCAUCAUGAACAGAGGAGAAAUUUCACUUCUCCUCAAGCCUCUCAGAUGGUGGGAUUGUAUUUUGAACUGCAGUUUUUCAAGGUAAAAAGUCUAGGAACUUAGUUUUAUGAAAACAAAAAAGCAUCCUCCAGAAUGUGUGCAGAUUAUUGUGUUUAAGCUAGUGCUACACAGCUGUCCCUUUCGAUUUGCUUCAGAGUUUUGCUGAAAAACACACCUUAGCUCUUGAAAAUUUUUACCUCACAUUAAGGCACUAGCACACCACUGCUAUUUGUGUGUAUGAAGGCCUUUCUGUGGUGAAGAAAAGGAGAAAAGUUAGAUUUUAAAUGGAAACAUUUAUUGUAGUCUUAAUUCCAGAAUGACUGUCCCUUUUUCAUAAUUUCUUUCUCAAACCAUCGGAUCCAUGUUUCUUUUUCAUAAGUGGACAUUUAUCAACGUGACAUUAAACUGUCAUUAAUUGUUUCGCCUUGGAUGCUCUGAAGGAAUGAACAGAUCAUUGUGUGUAACCGAAACUAUUCCAUAUAAGUCCUUAUAGCACACUAGUCACAGUAUAUUUGAAUGCCCUCCAGUAGUGUGCUAAGCAACGUGACUAACAUCUGUUGUUUGUUCUUUCUCCUCUCCACAAGGGACAUGUCUGUGCACUGAAGUGCAUUCUUUUUAAAAGGGUAUUUUGUUUUUUUUUACCCGCACCUGUGUAUUGCUGUGUGUUUCUAGUGGAUAGGGAUAGGUCAUGGAGUGGAAGGUGGGGAGGUUGGAAGUGGUUUGUAGUUCCCAAGCAUAUUUCCUCUGUAGUUUGAGCUGGGCACUGAGGAAGCACCGUAUUUUCACAGACAAGAUUUUUUGUUGAUCCAUGGACUGGCACAGAAGCAUGACAUCCAGUUCAGCUGCCAAAUAGCAUGAUCUUAUGGUGCACAGACCAUUUCUGUUGUGAACCUUGUACUCCCCCAGAAGCAGGAUGGGGAAGGGCCAACCAGAAGGAAAGUGUACUCACUGUGAAAUAGGUGUCUCGGACCAAAACAUUAGUUUCUUUUUCUGCCAUCUCUGUACAGAACUUAAAAUGACUCAGAUGCCCCAAGCAAUAGUAAACUUGCCUGUGUGCUGCCUCUAACCAAUGA